AUGACGCAGCAAGUGCGGCUGCUCGUGGUGGAUGCCUUACUCCUGCAGCAACAGCAACAGCAGCAACAGCAGCAACAGCACAGAGAGCACACUGCUCUGAUGCAGCAGCUCAGGCAGUCUCUUGCUUGGGUACAUCUGCCUUGGAGUGUAGACACCGAGGAGCUCCUCAAGGAGGGGCGGCGUGUGCGGCUGCUCAAUCUAAGGACGGGAGGCCCUCCUCCGCAGCUGCUUCCAGGAGCUUCCAGACUGCCUGCUGGUGUGAGCAGUGCUUCUGAAGGCGCUUGCAAGCCUCCGCUAUCCGCUGAUGCGGCAGCAACGGCUAUCCUUGCGCUGGAGAGAAGACGGCAGGAAAGAGCAGCUCUUGGAGUCUAUGUGGGCCUCCCUCGAUUGUACCCCACAGGGAGGUGCGGUGACACUUCAGGAGGAUGCUUUGAGCACAUUGCCUUGGCCUUCCUUCCCUUCAUGUUUUGUGUCGAGACCCUCGUAGAGGCAGUAGGCCCCUCUCCCAUCCCUCCAGAGCUCCUUGCCCAGCAGCUCCACCAGCAGCCACAUCGACAGACAGGAGUGCCUUUGCAGGCACUGCCCUUACUCUUACGCCUCCCUGUCUUAUCCGAGAGCCACCUUCUCGCCUGUGGCUUUGCGCCGCACACCUUGCGGGGAAACAUCAGAGGCAAAACGCUAGGAGCAGGGGCAACAGCUCCAGCUGCCGCCGAGGAGGCAGAGGCGCGUCCUGCAUGGGCCCCCCCCUUGUGGGGCCCCGACCUACCGGGAGGGGGGGCCCCAGAGCCGCUGCCCCCGGGGGCCCCGGGGGCCCUCGGCCUCACUGGGGGCCUCCCCUAUGACCUUGUGGGUCUCCUGCUGCACGUCCAGCAGUCCUCGUCACUCCCUGAGGACUCGCUCGCGGGCUCUCCUCCCCUCGAGGGUUCGCUGUUUCUAAUGACGGGAGGCCUCCAGAUCUGUUGUGUGCAGCUACGCGGGGAGGGGCCUUCUCGAGGUCACCCUUUCAGUGCGCAGGUUGACAAGUUUCUCGAGCCCGCUCGAGCUGCUCUACAACUACGGCGAGAAAGGCAAGAGGGAAGCCAUAUCUGUAUAUGCAUUGAAGGCAUCGAGUUUGAGCGGUAUGACCUAGCGGCAGGUUUCUGGAUUUUUAAGGGAGUGACGCCUUUGCUGCAGCUAUCGCUUGGUGCCGUCGCAGUAAAGGCAGUGCAGCAGCAGCCGCUGCUGGCCAAAGAGGCAAGUGCCCUGCAUACUGCGGCUGAAGCAGUAGCGGGAUCGUGUGCUUUUGCAGGAAGCACAGCACACGGCCCUAAGAGCUUUGGCCCCCCGUCUCUAGCAGCACCGAGUCGUGCGGCAGAUCUGGUUGCCGCAGCAGCAGCCGCGCAUAAGCGCGUACUGCGAGUGACCCUAGAUGCUUCGGGGCUGUGA